CUGAAAAUAAAAGAGACGUCAAAAGUGUAUCACAAUCUGAGCUUAAUUUAUAUAUUUUAUAAGCAUUCUUAUUGUACCAAGUGUUAAGUGUAGAAUUUAUAUAUUUAAGGCAUAUAAAAAUGUUUCGAAAUGUCAAAAGAUUAUAUUUUGUUUUAAAUGCCGUAAUAUUUUUGCUAUUUUUACACAUAACGGAAAGUGAAAAUGCCGCGUUCUGUACUAAGGAUGAUAAAUGUGUGGAGCCCUACGUUAAUCAGGCUCGUUACGAUCACUACCGUAUGUACUAUGUUGAGUUAGAUACUGAAGAGCAUGUCAAACUCUUCCAAGACCUUGAGGAGCAGAGUGACAGCUGUACUUUCUAUGGGCAUGCCUUGCGACCAAAGCAAAAGUUGACCAUUAUGGUUGCAGCUCAUAAAGUUUCAGAUUUUGCAGACUUGCUCAUGACGUACAAAGUUAAGCAUCGCGUUCUGACCUACAAUUUCCAAGAAAAGAUUGACAAGAAUAUGCUAGAGGUUAAGCCUAAAACUACAAAUUUGAAGCAUUUUGGUUGGAAACAUUAUUAUCAUCUAGAAACCAUCUAUGAAUGGUUAGAACACGUAGCAGAACAAUAUCCACAAGAUGUAACAUUGCUAAAUAUGGGUGAUAGUACCGAAGGUCUGCCGAUUAAAGGUCUAAAAUUGGCACGUAAUCCACUAAAUAAAGCAAUUUUCAUUGAAAGCGGCAUACAUGCACGUGAAUGGAUUGCUCCAGCAACUGCAACAUAUUUAAUCAACGAGUUACUCACAUCGAAAAGCGAGCGAGUACAAAACUUGGCAAAUAACUACAAUUGGAUUAUAUUUCCAGUUGUCAAUCCUGAUGGUUAUAAGUAUUCCUUUGAAAAUGAUCGCAUGUGGCGUAAAAAUCGCGCAAGUUUCGGUUUAUGUCGUGGUGUUGAUCUUAAUCGCAAUUAUCCUAAUCACUGGAAUGUGACUGGCACCAGUGGUGAUCCAUGCCGUUAUGAUUAUUCUGGACCGUCAGCUGGUAGCGAAGUAGAAACACAGCGUUUGAUUAAAUUCAUACAGGAUAAUGUCGAGCGUGAAAAUAUCAAAACUUACAUAUCAUUGCACUCCUUUUCGCAGUUGAUCAUGUUUCCUUAUGGUCACACAGCAGAACGUGUUGAGAAUUAUGACGAUCUGACGGCGAUCGGUAAGAAAGCAGCUGAGACUAUUAAAAAUAUUUCUGGUCGUGUUUACAAAAGCGGUAGCAUUUAUGAAACGAUUUAUCCAUCAAGCGGUGGUUCUAAGGAUUGGGUGCAUGGUGAAAUGAAUAUACCAAUUACUUUCACUUUUGAAUUACGUGGCCCACCAGAUAGUGAGGAUUUAUUCAUAUUGCCAGCAGCGGAAAUAAUACCAACCGCUGAAGAAGCUUGUGCCGCUAUAGGCACUAUAGUUGAAGAGGCAGCAGCCAAAGGUUAUUACAAAUAAUUUAAAAACAAUUAAACAAUAAAUUAAUUUGGUUUAUAAAUAAUUUUA